AUGUCCAUGUCCAGCAAAGUAGACAGAGGCAUGUUUGAGCAGGAUGAGAACAUCGCCGACUCGCCGCGCCGCGAGAAAUUCGUCCCGCAGCGCACAUUCGGCACCGCAGCCGAGCGCGCCCGGCGCAAUCUCAACGCCAAACUCUCGAAUCCUUUGGCAGGCUUUAGCCAUGCCGAGCUACGCAGGCAGGGUCGCAAAUUUGCGCUCACGCAUGAAAUAGGCGAUGACGAGGACGUGCGCGCCUUCGAGCUGGGCGCCGUGUUGGCCCAAUCACCCGAGCAAUACGCCAAUGUCGCCGGCCUGACGAGCCAGGAGAAAGAGAUCCUGCGCCAGGAAUUUGCAAAUCGCUGGUCGCAGCCGUGGUCGAUGGAAUGGGUAAGCACGAGCUGGCGCCUCCCAACCUCCCUCCUCUUCCUCCCAAAAGCAAAGAUCGAAGAUUUUGGUCGCAUCGCUGACCCGGGUCUACCUGGCAAACAAAUAGACGAGACAGUGGUCAACGGCGCACAAAUCUGGUACAAGCACCAAUUCGGCAUCGCCGGAGAGAGAUCGAGGGACACCUGGCUAGUCGGCCUCAUCAACGCCGCACCAUACCUCUGCUGCGCCUUCAUCGGCUGCUGGCUCACAGUUCCCUUCAAUCACUGGUUCGGCCGCCGGGGCACCAUCUUCCUUACCUGCUGCUUCAGCGCGAUCGCCUGCCUCUGGCAAGGCUUUGUAUCAACAUGGUGGGCCAUGUUCGUCGCGCGCUUCGCGCUGGGCUUUGGCAUCGGCCCCAAAUCCGCCACUGUGCCGGUAUACGCGGCCGAGACCGCACCCCCAGCUAUCCGCGGCGCCCUAGUGAUGCAGUGGCAGAUGUGGACAGCGUUUGGGAUCAUGCUCGGCUACGCGGCGGACCUGAUCUUCUACCAAGUGUCCGACCCGCCGGGCAUCGUCGGCCUCAACUGGCGGCUGAUGAUGGCCUCCGCGAUGUUCCCGGCACUGGUGGUGUGCUGCUUUGUGUUUGCGUGUCCCGAGUCGCCGCGCUGGUAUAUGCGUAACAAGCAGUAUUAUCGCGCAUACCAGAGCAUAUGUACCCUGCGCCACCAUAAGAUCCAGGCCGCACGGGACCUGUACUACAUGCAUACCCUGCUGGAGGCGGAGACGAGCAUGAAGCUGGGGCAGAACAAGCUUUUGGAGCUGAUUACUGUGCCGAGAAAUCGGAGAGCGAUGGUCGCGUCGGAGAUUGUCAUGUUCAUGCAGCAGUUCUGCGGAGUCAAUGUCAUCGCAUACUACUCAUCCGAAAUCUUUCUGGAAGCCAACUUCGAGCCCGCCUCCGCCCUCGCCGCCUCCCUCGGCUGGGGCGUAAUCAACUGGCUCUUCGCUAUUCCAGCCAUCUACACAAUCGACACCUUCGGCCGCCGCAACCUCCUCCUAACCACCUUCCCACUAAUGUCGCUCGCCAUGUUCUUCACCGGCUUCAGUUUCUGGAUUCCAGAAACCCACCACACUGCGCGCACAAGCUGCAUCGCGCUGGGGACCUACCUCUUCGGCGUGGUCUAUUCGCCGGGGGAGGGCCCGGUGCCGUUCACCUACUCAGCGGAGGCGUACCCGCUGUACGUGCGCUCGUACGGGAUGGCGCUGGCCACGGCGACGACGUGGUUCUUCAAUUUCGUGCUGGGGGUGACGUGGCCGUCGCUGCGGAACGCGUUCACGGCUCAGGGCGGGUUUGCAUGGUAUGCCGGGUGGUGCAUUGUGGGGUGGUGGCUUGUGCUGCUCUUUAUGCCGGAGACGAAAAACAAGACGCUGGAGGAGCUGGAUCAGGUGUUCUCGGUGCCGACACGGUUCCAUGCUGCGUAUGGACUGAGGCAGAUUCCGUACUUCUUCAAGAGGUAUUUGUUGAGGCGCGAUGUCAGGCCGGAGAUUUUGUAUGAGAAGGAAGAGGUUGUGGUGGCGGGGGAUGCUGGAUAUAAUGCUUGA